GGGCGGCACAGAACCCCCGCGGCCGCCACUCCCCGACCGGGAGCCGCUCGUCCCGCGCUCCCCUUGUCUUCUCCUCGCGAUGUGCCCGUUCCACACGGUCCCUCAGCUCCCGGAGCUUGCCUGGUUCUCUUGGCCUGCGAGGGGCCUGAGCAGGUAUGAGGUCUCGAGUCAGAACUUGGUGGUGAGAACGGCAACUCCUUUUCUAUCAUAGGGUUAGAUUUGCAUUCAGAAGGAAAAACUACGUGCAGCAGAGGGAAAGAAGUUUAAUGAAUGAAGUGUGAGGUAAAGGAAGACUGGCAAAACUUCUCUGAAUGCUUAUGGCAAAAGAGGGAAGUUUAGGGGUGCCCUCAUUUCGGUGUACAGCUUCCUUGUGAGAGGAGGCAGGCGGGCAGCACUGAUCUGUGUGGCAGAACCCGAGGGACCGGCCUCAAGUUGUGUCAGCGGCGUUUUAGAUUGGAUAUUAGAAAAAGGUUCUUCACACAGGGGAUGCCUGGGCAAUGGAGGAGGUUCUGCAGAGAAGCAGUCACAGCACUAAGCCUGACAGAGCUCAAGGAGCAUUUGGACAAUGCUCUCAGGCGCAUGGCGUGACUCUUGGGGACACUGUGCAGGGCCAAGAGUUGGACUUGGUGGUCCUUGUGGGUUCCUUCUAGUUGAGAACAUUCUGUGCUUUGUAAAUGCCAUGGUCAGUCGUCGCUACAGAGCAGCAGUCAUUGCUUGAAAUCCAAGUUUACAGGGCGGGCAUUAGAGCCAACCUUGGUUAAGUUUCUCUCCUCCUUUGUGAGCAGAAAUUAUGUGUUUCUUUAUGCUAACCAUUCAAGUACAAAAUUGUCUCCUGGAAAACAAAAUCACUUGAAACACCUGUGAUGCCAUUAUGUUUUGUUUGAAUUACGGAAUGCAAAAUAGGCUGACUCUCUUUUCUGAGAUGGCAGACCACUGAAAUGCAGUAUUGUGUUUUUAACUUGCAAUUUUUCUUUCAGGUAGAAGAACUCACUAAAGAAGUCCAUAAUAGAAAGGAGAAAGAUACGUCUAGUGUAGAAGUACAGACAGAGGACUGUGCUGCAUGGUCACAAGCAGCAGAUUAUUACUACUAUGAAAAUUAUUACAAUCACACUGAUACUCAAGACUGUGCAUCUGAACUACCAGUGCAGCACAGUCAUGGGAGUGAAGGCACUGAGCAUAACUCCACAGAGGAAUCAGAGGCAGGUGUUAAUAUUCCGCUGAGGAAGGAUAGCACCAGAGCUAUUGAAGGUGGAGAAGAUGAAAAUUUCGUCCAGAAUUCACAGGAGACAGAAGAAACUUCAGUACCAGAGGGUUCUUUGGCAGAGAGCUUGAGAGCUGCUGCAGAGGCUGCUGUUUCACAAACUGGAUUUAUAUAUGAUGAAAAUACAGGAUUGUAUUAUGACCAUAGCACUGGAUUCUACUACAAUUCAGAAAACCAACUUUAUUAUGACCCAGCCACUGGAAUUUAUUACUACUGUGAUGUGGAAAGCGGCCGAUACCAGUUUCAUUCACGAGUGGAUCUGCAGUCUUACCAGGCCUCUGGUACUAAGCACACCAAGGAUAAAAAGGGGAAAAAGAAGAGAAAAGAACCAGAGUGGAUUGCUGCAGAUGAGUAUAAGGAUUUGGACACAGAAGAGCAGAAAUCAUCUAACAGUCUGAAUUGCUUUUCCACCACCGAGCAAGUUAGUUCUACUGAAGAAGAUGAGUCUCCAAAUGUAAGAAAGAAGACUAAAAUGGACACAAAAACACUAAACAGUCUGACAGCCAAAGAACCCAUUUCUACAGAUGAUAUAAAUUCACAUUCACACAAAAGUACGCCAGAUGCUGCAGCGCAUACAGAUGACAGUAGAACAGCAGACACAGAGAGUGAACCAGAAGAAGGUGAAAUUACAGAUUCUGAGUGUGAAACCUACAGUGAAGAGGAAUUAACAAGUGAAGAAACUGGUGAUUCAGAAUACUCAGAAAAUGAAGAUGAAGAAAAGAUCUGGCCUCCUUGUAUCAGAGUUAUUGUAAUAAGAUCACCAGUUCUACAGACUGGGUCACUUUAUAUUAUCACUGCUGUGAAACCUGCUACAAUUGGAAGAGAAAAAGAUGUUGGACACACACUUCAGAUUCCUGAAGUUGGAGUCAGUAAGUUUCAUGCAGAAGUGUAUUUUGACCACGAUUUGCAAAAUUAUGUUCUUGUGGAUCAAGGCAGUCAGAAUGGAACAGUUGUUAAUGGAAAUCAGAUUCUCCAGCCUAAAACAAAGUGUGAUCCCUACAUCCUGGAGCAUGGAGAUGAGGUGAAGAUUGGCGAAACCGUGCUUUCUUUUCAUAUUCACCCCGGCAGUGAUACUUGUGAUGGAUGUGAACCAGGACAAGUUAGAGCACAUCUUCGCCUGGACAAGAAAAAAGAGUCUUCUGUUUGUCCAGCACUUAGCAAAGAAGAGAGAGAGCUAGUCAGAAGAAAAGCAUUAAAACAAAUACGGGUAAAAUAUGGUUUACAGAACACAGAAUAUGAAGACAACAAGGCAGUGAAAAAUCCAAAAUACAAAGACAGAGCAGGAAAACGCAGAGAGACCGUUGGAAGUGAAGGAACCUUCCAGAGAGAUGAUAGUUCAGCUUCUGUUCAUAUUGAAAUCAGCAACAGCAACAAAGGACAUAAAAUGUUGGAGAAGAUGGGAUGGAAGAAGGGGGAAGGUCUGGGAAAGGAUGGUGGUGGCAUGAAGGAUCCGAUCCAACUGGAGUUACAUCAGAAGCAUGCAGGUUUAGGUACUAGGCGACCAGCCUCAAUUGAAGAUGUUCAGCUUGUCCAGAGCAAGAAUAAAAAGAACUGGGAUAAAGCAAGAGAGAGGUUUGCUGAAAACUUCCAAGACCCUAAAUCACAAAGGGAUACAGCUAAGAGUACACUUUGGGUUAGAGGGACUGUAGACUGAACUGUCUAGUCCCACAGCAGGGUAAUUCCUGAGUAUAAAUAGUUGGCAGAGAAUUUAUUUUUUUUAUUUUUGCUUUUGCUAAAGCAGGAGUUUGGUUAUAUGUAAAAUACUGUUGUGGAAAAACUUAUUCAAGAUUAACUCUGUUAUGUUAUUUGGUUUUCUCUAGUCUUCAUGCUUUUAUACACAUUUUUAAUACAAUAUGAAUGGAGUUUAGAGGGAUAUUCAAAUUUAAGUACUUGAAAAUUAUUUUGAUCAGAAACAGGAAUCUUCCAUUGUGUUUUUACACUUCACAGAAAGUUACACAAAACAUCUGUUACACUUAAAUAUAUCUUUAACACUUGAACAGUGGUUUAAAAUCAAGAUGAAAAAAUAAAUCCCCCAGAUCCCUAGUAAAAAAAGUACCGUAUUGCUAUUUCUUCAUGUUUGCCAUACGUGCUUGACAAGAGGCACACCACUCUUAAAUUCACACAGUUCAGUACUAGCUAUGUCUCAGCAUACAUUUGGCAAAGGAAGAGGGGGAAAACACUUGUUUUUAAACAAUUCAUCAUUACUGGUCAAAAAUACCAUACUCCAUGAAAUAAACUACCAGCAUUAGUGAAGAAAACAAUGUUCAGAGACAGCUUAUAGCAAAAUUUUCUUCUGUGAAGAACUUGUUUGGGAUUUGUUUAGUAAAUCUGUAUCAUGCCUUUAAAGGAGGUAUGUUUGGAAAACAGCUGUCUGUUUGUAUUUAUUAACUUCUUUUUCUGAUACAUCCAUUGCUGGCAAUGGAAUUUAUGCCAGAAAAAAACAACACAAAUAACUGAUUUUUGAUGGGGAAAGAUUUCCAAACUGAAGCUAAAAGAUUGGUAUUUAUUGAAUGUUCCUAAACACAAUAAAAAUCAUUGUCAAUUUA